AUGGCUGCGCCUUCCGCUCCAGCUACCCGUCUCGUCGGGAAGCUGGUCCCAAGGAACUCCAAAGUAUUGAUCGUCCUCGUCAUCAUGUCCUGCCUUGUCAACUCCAUGACAAUGGGAUAUGAUGGAAACAUGAUGAACGGCCUCAACAUUCUACCGUCCUUCUACAACACGAUCAGUCUCAAUACAGCCGGCCAGUCUGUCAAUACGGGUAUCAUUUGGGUUGGUGGUUGUGUUGCAGCCCUAUUUUCGGGCCCCGUCAUUGACAGAUGGGGACGCAAGGCUGGCAUGGCUAUCGCUGCUCUCAUAGCAUUCAUCGGCAUUCCUCUUCAAGCAGCAGCUCAAAACCCUGCCAUGUUCGUGGUAUCACGGCUCAUCGUUGGCGUCGGGGUCGGUCUAAGUUCUGUGGCUUGUCCGACAUACUGCGCCGAAACUGCCCCACUUGAAUGGCGAGCCUUUUGCUUAGGCUUGUACUAUGCCUUUUGGUAUGGCGGAGGAUUACUGGCAUCAGGUGUGACUUACGGCACGGCCAAGAUCAUGAGUUCAUGGGCUUGGCGUCUUCCGUCGCUGAUCCAGGUGGUGCCCGCAUUGCUGUGUCUUCUGGUUUUGCCUUUCAUCCCGGAAAGCCCAAGAUGGCUCAUGUAUCAUGGGCGCGAGGAGGAAGCACUUGAGGUUCUUGCCAUCAUGGCAGCAAAUGGUGACAAAAGUCACCCUGUCGUGGUGACCCAGUACAAACAAGUCUAUGACACUGUGACCUUUGAAAAAACCAACAAGGCGAGUCAGAACUGGUUGGACGCCUUCAGAACCCGCAACAGCCGCCGGAGGAUGAUGUUAGCAUGUUCUUGUGCCAUCAUUGGGAAUAUGAGUGGAAGUGGCAUCAUCUCUUACUAUCUCGGAACGAUGCUCAGUCAGGCUGGUAUCACGGACACAAACACACAACUACAAAUCAACAUCUAUUUGUCCAUCUGGUGCCUCUGCACGGCCACACUCGGUACUGUUUUAGCCGACAAAAUAGGUCGAAAGAAGUUAGGAGCGGGUUCGAUGGCUGCAUCCUUGGUAUGCCUCUACCUUGUCGGCGCAUUGACCAAAUUGUACGGCUCUGGGGAGAAUUAUUCGGGAGUCUUGGGAACCGUGGCCUGCAUAUUCCUAUACCAGGGCAUCUACUCAUUCGGAUGGACGACACUUCUAGUGAUGUAUCCUCCAGAAGUGCUCAACUUCAGUCUGAGAGCCAACGGAGUCAGCAUUUACACGUUUUUCUCGAAUGGGGCAGCCUGCAUUGUGACAUUCGCAUUCCCAUUCGCAUUGGCCAAGAUAGGAUGGAAGACGUACAUGAUCAAUGCGACCUGGGACGUUCUAGAAGUGGUGUUCAUCAUCUUCUUCUGGGUCGAGACCAGCAACAAGACCCUCGAAGAAAUUGACGAGCUUCUCGAUGGCGAAAUGCAUUCCGACGCACCAGUGCUCAUAGCCGUCAUGCACGGAGACGUCGAGGUGGACGCUUCGCUCAAAGUCCAUCGCCAUGUGGAUGGCAAAGACGACACAAGCAAGCAGGCCACCGUGACGGUGAACUAG